AUGAUUGGUGGUAGUAUCGCAGACACGGUUUGGUUUUCAACCUCCCAGGAUGCCAGACUAGUUGGUGGUCUGACUUAUAAAGGCCUCCAUCCGCACUCUUGGUCUGCUUUCUUUCCCAUCUCCCAACAUCAAAACCCAGUAACAUCAGAGGUAUCAUACCGAGACUCACCACGAGAAGUUCGUGAACUAUCCAUCAAAUCCAUCAAGAAGUGCUGCAAGUGCUGUGGUAUUUCAAAAAACAUGGAAGCCCAUCAAUUGUCAACUCAACAACUGAGUUCCGAGUCUUGUCGACUCUCAUCCUUGAAACGCAAACUCGAGCUGAAUCCAAGUUGUUCAGAUCAGCAAGCCGCAAAAGAGAUGCGAUACAUCAAUCCUGACACACCACUCCCCUCAAUAGAGCCAGAGAGUUAUCUGGAGCCAGAUCUUAUUUUUGACGAAGAUCAUCCGGAUAUUAAGCUGCGUUCGGCUCCUAUAUUCAUCGAUGAUGGCGUGAUCGUUGGCUUCUGGUACACAGAUCGAGGCGGAAAUGGGAAACGACCGGUGUAUUGCUUCAUUAAAGAAGAUUUCCAAUUCGCAUACCGGAAAGGAGACUCUUUCAUUCUCACGACGGACGACGAUUUUGAUCUCCUGGAUGAUCUCGGUGACUGGCUGGAUGAAGAUGCCGAAGAUAAGGACGCCAUGAGUCCAGAGGCAGUGAAAGUGUGGGCAGAUAUGAUGUGGGAGAGCAGAGUCUAUGCCGGAACCCAGGAGAUGACACUUGAAUAUUGA